AUGUACUACUCUCGUCCUCCUUUCCCUCAUGAAUCAUAUGCGGUUCAUGAAAGUUCAAGAAGAGAGAGUAUUGGAGCUUCUACCAUGCACCAAGACUCUCCAAUUUCAGGAGCGACUAUCGAUAUUGAUGAACAAGAAGAGGUUGUAGAAGUUCAGAAGAACACUGGUGGCGGACGAAGAGGCAAUAAUGGUAGAGGUAGAGGGAGAAACAGAGAAAGAGGGGUUGGAGGAACAAAAUUCAAGUGGAGCCACGAACAAGAUCAAGAUUUAUGUAAAAGCUGGUUGACAAUUUCAAAUGAUUCGUUUGUAGGAACUGAUCAGUCGUACGGGGAUUUAUGGGAGAAAAUUGUUCAAUACUACAACCAGUGGAGGACAGAAGGUCUCGAGGUUGAUGUUGAAAAAGCCUCAAAUCAUUGGUACAAAAUGAGUGCCGAGGUUUCAAAGUUCAAUGGGUGCUACAUUCAAGUUAAGGAUACACAUCCUAGUGGCCAUGAUGAAGAUCAAGUAAUCGAGAUGACCAUGAAACUUUGGAAGAAUCGCAACCCAACUGAUAGAAAUUUUCCUUACCUACAUAGUUGA